AUGGCCAAGACUGCAACUGCCAUAUACACCCGAACAUCCACAAAGACAAACUUGAAAGGCGACAGUGGCAACAGGCAGUUCCGGGCAAGUCUCAAGGCUUUGAAGGCCGUGCAAGGCAAGGACUACAAAGGUGCCAAGCGUGUUUCUGAGUGCAUCUCAGGCAUGCUCCCCCUAAAAGACAGGAAGAAACUUCAGUCCUUGCUCAACGGUGGCUUCAGUCACAUCUAUGUGGAAAGUUUGAGGGCCUUGGGGCGGAAGACCAGUGCCAUUGAAGAGAUCUAUGAGGAGGCCAAACGCACUGGAACGCACAUUGUCGUGGCGGACCUGCCUCCAACGCUCUUCAGCAGCACAGCCAGUCCUGCGGAGAAUUUCCAGCGCAGGAUCAUGGCCGCAGUGCAGGAGUUUGAGAGGGACACCAUUGUUUAUCGUUUACAGGAAGGGCUGAAAGCAAAGGCUGCCAAAAUGAAGGCAGCGGGCUUGCCAGGCAAGGUCAAUGGCCGGAAGUCCUACUUGGAACACCAACAAGGGAAAAACCUCAGCCCAAAAAAGCUCAAAGCUUUGAAGCAAGCCUGCCUAGCCCGAAAGCGGGGGGAGUUUGGGUGGAGAGUCCUGGCUACAAAGGCUUCCAAGAUCCUCAGGCUCAAGGUGUGCAUCGGCAAGGAUGCAGCGGUAACACUGUCCAAGCAGCUCAAGAUCUGA